CGAAAUCAUUAUCUUUUUAUAGGAUGUUGGAUGAGCAACAAGUAUCCGUGUUGAUUACUCAUAGUGAUCAUCGUUGGACGCAGUUGUGGGUUCCAGGAGAAGAGAAACCGCGAAGAUUGUUUUCCAUUCAGUCGGUGGCUCCUGGUUGUCUAUCUUUGUGUCGCUUGCAUACGGGUUAUCACUUUACUUGUAAAAAGGAUUCCGUUCAGUCUACUCAAACAGCAACCGUUGAAGCUAGUCCUGGUUCUUUUGAGUUUUUCUCAUUGCAAAAGGAAAGUUCAGAAUUUAAGUGCUCUGCACCUGAAGGGCUUGUCGUAUUCAAAUACAGUUUUACUGGUCGAUAUUUAUUGGGAGGUGAUGUAUUUGGCAGACUGUAUAUUUGGGAAGUUUCUAGUGGAGUAUUAUUAGGUAUAUGGGUUGCCCACUGGAGAGCCCUAUCGGAUAUUUGCUUUGCAGAUGAUGGCAUUGUAUUUGUGACAGCUAGUGAAGAUGGUACCUUGAAAAGUUGGUCAUUAUUACAGUUGACCCAAUUAUCUUUAUAUUCUAUUCAUGAAAAUAGAAAACCUAUUCCACUGGCAACCUUUAGAGGUCAUACUAUGCCAGUGACCAACGUUUGUUGUGGUAAAUAUGCUUUGAGAGAUUGGAUAUUUAGUUGUAGUUUAGAUUGUACUGUAAGAGUAUGGAAACUUUCUUCAGGUGAAUGGUUACAUACUUAUUCACUUGUGUAUCCACUUACCUGUUUGACUAUGCAUCAUCAUGAAGCCGUCUUAUUUGUGGGUACUCGUGAUGGAAAGAUAUAUCAAGUAUCGAUUUACUUGCCUCUCAAAAGUAAUCCUAGUAGCUCUUGUGCUGUACAAUUAUUAAAAAAGGAACAUUCAACUCAAGUUACUUGCUUGCGUUGGAUACCACAACAUGGAGAAAGGAAAGGAUUAUUGUUAAGUGCUAGUGAAGACCAAAGUAUUCAUGUAUAUGAUUAUACAAGACAUGAGAUGAUACAAAUGUACAACAAAAUGUUGGGAAAAGUGAGCAAUAUGGAAAUAGUUGAACAGGCUUCAUCACAUUUUACAACGACGAUGAUGAUGAAUAUAGAUCGAUGGAAUAUUCGAUUGAAGCGUAUUCCUAUUUCUUCAGAGUCAACGAGUGAGCUCAAGUCUAUAUGGGCUUGUUAUGAACCAAAGAAGUAUGUGAAGAGUCAUGAAGAAGUAGAAGAAGACAAGCCCUAUUGGAUGAUGAAGAGUGACCAAAGGAUAGAGAUACAACAAUUAUUCAAAUAUUAUGAUCAUUGUAUACAUGAACGUACGAUAAAUGAUGGUACAUGGAAAAAGGAUCAUUGGAAAAUAGAAUAAACACAAUCACAUAUCUUUGGAAAUGCAGAUUUCAUGUAAUGCCAUUGUAAAUGGUAAGGAUGAUCGACAUCAUUUUGUUAUG